GAUAAACUUGUUGAUGUUGAGUUGGCAGUUUGGCUCUGGCGUGAAUUAUUUCCACUGUCCUGUCUGGGGUACUGAAGGGACGGAUGCGGCCGCUGCCAUGACAUUGAGGAGAGUAAACGUGGUCAUCCUUGUGCUGCUGGCCGUGGCCUUCCUGAUCAUAGUUCAACGAAAUCUCCUAAACCUCAGGGACUUCUUACACAAGGAACAUCCAGGUGCGGAGAUGAUUCUUCCCUUUGAAUCGGAGUUGUCUCCAGACCUCAGACUAGAGUCGGUGAGGAAAGGAGAGGAGAUCCCCGUCCUCAUCACAGCUGCUGAGGAAAGACUCGGUGCUGUGGUUGCUGCCAUGAACAGUGUCUACCAGAACAGUAAAGCCAACGUCGUCUUCACAAUAGUGACCCUGAAUGACACAGUGGAUCACCUAAAAGUGUGGCUUAGCAAGACAAACCUGAAAAAUAUAAAGUAUAAGUUGGUUAUUUUCAAGCCUGAGAUCCUCAAUGGGAAGAUAUCUAAAGAUCCUCAGACGCUGGAGGCUGCAAAACCGUUGUCUUUUGCCAGGUUUUAUCUACCUGCAUUCAUACCCGAGGCAGAGAAAGCUAUCUAUUUGGAUGACGAUAUCAUUGUACAAGGGGACAUUCAGGAGCUUUAUGAAACCAACCUCAAACCAGGACAUGCAGCUGCCUUUUCAGAUGACUGUGAUUCAGCAUCUGCUAAGGGCAUCGUUCGAGGGGCUGGAAAUCAGAAGAACUAUAUAGGUUUCCUGGACUUCAAGAAGGAGGCUAUCAAGAAGCAGGGGAUGAGGGCCAACACGUGCUCCUUCAACCCCGGGGUCAUCAUCGUUAACCUGACCGAGUGGAGGAACCAGAACAUCACGCGGCAGCUGGAGCACUGGAUGGAACUGAACACGCGGGAGGAUCUGUACAGUAAGACACUGGCAGAGAGUAUCACAGCCCCCCCACUCCUCAUUGUUUUCUACAAACGUCACUCCACCAUCGACCCCAUGUGGCACGUCAGGCAUCUUGGUACUACAGGCGCCGGAAACCGCUACUCCCCACAGUUUGUGAAAGCUGCCAAACUCCUCCACUGGAACGGGCACUAUAAGCCCUGGGGGAGAACGUCAUCCUUUUCUGACGUGUGGGACAAGUGGUUCAUUCCAGACCCCACAGGAAAAUUUCAUCCAGUGCGAAGACACACAGGGGACAACUAGACGGGAAAAUUUUGUUUCAGGAACUUUCGACCACCCAAGCCAGCCGAGUCCCAGCAGGACCACACCUCGCAAUAUCUCAGGAACUAAGUUAGGCCUUUUCCCAGCUCUGUACUUGAGUUCGGUCCUCCUCCGCACACGUAGACCUGUGCAGUCUCACAAUCCCUUAAACACACAAGACAUUUUUUAUAUACCCAGUGAAUCUCUAUUACUGCUUGGAGUGCACAAAUAUUUUUAGUUCAGAAACUCUGCGCCCUUAAGAUUGCUUUGACAGUCGCUUGUGUAAGAGCAGUGUUUCAUCCUGAUGAAAUGAUUAGACAUACGUAUGCAUCAGUCCCAGUCAGCAGUAAUGAGAUACCUUGUGACAAUUUACGCUGUUUGCAUACUAAAUGAGUGUGUAGUUACCUCAGCCAUGACAGUGAAGCAGUCGACCCCACAGUUUAUAGCUUGUUCAAACACGUUCCCCUCAGAGUUCUCACUUCUGUCUGAAUUGUGAACAUAUUAGCCGUGCACAUGCCUCAUUUCGUUACCUCAAUUCAAUACUUCCUGUGGAAAAGUAAUUAAUUUUUUAUGCUUAAUGGCUCAUUGGUUUAUUUGUCAGAUCUUUGUAUUAACAUCUUGUUAAAGCUGUGCUUAGGGCAGCAUUUCCAUCACAAUCAGACACAAAAUGCUGUUUAACUCUGUUCUGUUAUUCUCAAUUGUUAAUCCAGUGCAACUACAGUCAAGCUAAUAGGACACUAUCAUUUUGAUUUAUCCCAAGUAUGAAUUAACUAUGCCAUAAAUGAACACUAAUUCAGUGUUGUACUGCCUCUGAUGCUCAACUGUUUUUUUAAUGACUUUAUAUACAGACCACUAAACAAACAGCACCUCUGCAGAAAUGCACAAAAUUCUCACAUUUCAUCCCCAUCAGGAUAUUUUUGUUUUUUAAAACCUCAAAAAGCAGUCACCUUGCUGGUGCAAGUAUGUCAUGUUUUGUAUAGUACAUGAAAUAAAAUGUACAUUUUUAUCAAUCAAA